CUUCCUAGCAUGACGACCUUGGACCAUGUGAUUGCUACCCACCAGUCAGAGUGGGUCUCCUUCAAUGAAGAGCCACUCUUUCCUGUCCCUUCUGAGGGGGGCACCGAAGAGCACCUCCCAGUACUGUCGUCAUCCUCAGACCGGUCUGAGAGCUCCUCUGGGGAGAAUCACAUGGUGGAUGGAGGCUCUCAGGACCUUUCCCACUCAGAGCAGGAUGACUCCUCUGAAAAGAUGGGCCUCAUCUCUGAAGCGGCCACCCCUCCUGGGAGCCCUGAACAGCCCCCACCUGACCUGGCCUCAGCCAUCAGCAACUGGGUUCAAUUUGAAGAUGACACACCCUGGGCCAGCAUGUCACCACCUCCUAAAGAAACAGGUGGGCCAGCCUCAUCAUUGACCAUGCCCUGCUGGACAUGCCCUUCGUUUGACUCCCUGGGGAGAUGCCCUCUGACCUCUGAGAGCAGCUGGACAACCCAUUCUGAAGACACCAGCAGUCCUAGUUUGGGCCCUUCAUACACAGACCUGCAGCUCAUCCAUGCUGAGGAGCAGAUGAGUGGCAGGGCUUCUGGGGCUGACUCCACUGAUAAUUCUUCCUCGCCCCAGGAUGAUGAAGAGGUAGAGAUGGAGGCCAUCAGCUGGCAGGCCAGCAGUCCUGCCAUGAAUGGGCACCCUGCCCCUGCAGUGACCUCUGCUCGUUUCCCCAGCUGGGUCACUUUUGAUGACAAUGAAGUCAGUGGCCCUUUGCCACCAAUCACUUCUCCUCUGAAGCCAAAUAUACCACCUAUUGCAUCUGUGACACCAGAGGCACCUUAUAACUCAACUGGGUCAUUUAAGAAGAGGGACCGUCCCAGAAGCACUUUGAUGAACUUCUCCAAAGUUCAGAAGCUGGACAUUUCCUCCUUAAACCGUCCACCUUCAGUAACCGAGGCUCCACCUUGGAGGGCAACCAAUCCUUUCCUGAAUGAGACUCUACAAGAUGUACAGCCCUCCCCUAUCAACCCUUUCAGUGCUUUCUUUGAGGAGCAAGAGAGGCGUUCCCAAAACAGUUCCAUUUCCAGCACCACAGGCAAAAGCCAAAGAGAUUCCCUCAUUGUCAUUUACCAGGAUGCCAUCAGUUUUGAUGAUUCAAGCAAAAACCGGUCACACUCUGAUGCUGUUGAAAAACUCAAACAACUCCAAAUUGAUGAUCCUGAUCACUUUGGCAGUGCCAUACUACCCGAUGAUGACCCAAUAGCCUGGAUGGAACUAGAUGCUCACCUGCCUGAGUCAGCACUGUCCCAGCCCAGGGAUGGGUGGCCAAUGAUGCUGAGGAUCCCAGAGAAGAAAAACAUCAUGUCCUCUAGGCACUGGGGACCAAUCUACAUCAAACUGACAGACAGUGGUUACCUGCAGCUGUAUUAUGAGCAGGGCCUAGAAAAACCAUUCCGUGAGUUCAAGCUGGAAAUCUGCCAUGAGAUUUCAGAACCCCGACUCCAAAACUACGAUGAGAAUGGCAGGAUCCACAGCUUGCGGAUAGACCGUGUCACCUACAAGGAGAAGAAGAAAUACCAGCCCAAACUUGCUGUGACCCACACAGCAGAGAGGGAACAAGUGAUUAAGCUGGGCACCACCAAUUAUGAUGAUUUCCUCAGCUUCAUCCGUGCAGUUCAAGACCAUCUCAUGUAUCUGCCAGUGUCAUCAAUGGACUUGAGCACAGUUGGCUUGAACUACCUUGAAGAGGAGAUUACGGUGGAUGUCAGAGAUGAAUUCUCUGGCAUUGUGAGCAAAGGAGACAACCAAAUUCUCCAGCACCAUGUCUUGACACGGAUCCACAUCCUGAGUUUCCUCUCUGGGCUAGCAGAGUGCCGCUUGGGCCUCAAUGAUGUCCUCGUCAAAGGGAACGAAGUAGUUUCACGGCAGGACAUUAUGCCCACCACCACCACAAAGUGGAUCAAGCUCCACGAGUGCCAUUUUCAUGGGUGUGUGGAUGAGGAUGUAUUCAGCAGCUCCCGGGUUAUUCUGUUCAACCCUUUGGAUGCAUGCCGGUUUGAGCUGAUGCGGUUCAGGACAGUGUUUGCUGAGAAGACCUUGCCUUUCACGCUCAGGACAGCAGCAAGCAUCAACGGAGCCGAGGUGGAGGUGCAGAGCUGGCUGAGGAUGUCAACAGGCUUCUCCUCUAACCGUGACCCCCUCACUCAGGUUCCCUGUGAGAAUGUGAUGGUCCGUUACCCUGUGCCCAGUGAGUGGGUGAAAAACUUCCGCAGGGAAAGUGUCCUGGGGGAAAAGUCUUUGAAAGCCAAAGUGAACCGGGGGGCAAGCUUUGGGUCAACUAGUGUCUCUGGCUCUGAGCCUGUCAUGAGAGUAACUCUGGGAACUGCCAAGUAUGAGCAUGCCUUCAACUCCAUCGUGUGGAGGAUAAACCGACUGCCCGACAAAAACUCAGCCUCUGGUCACCCACACUGUUUCUUCUGCCACCUUGAACUUGGCUCUGACCGGGAAGUGCCUUCCAGAUUUGCCAAUUACGUGAAUGUCGAGUUCAGCAUGCCCACAACUUCUGCCUCCAAAGCCACUGUACGAUCCAUCUCUGUGGAAGACAAGACUGAUGUCAGGAAGUGGGUCAAUUAUUCUGCACACUACAGCUACCAGACAACAGAAACAACAAAACUCUGCAACCCUCUAUUUUGCAGUUGCCUUUAAAAUACAGAUUAAAAAGGAAGAUCAAAGAGGGUGGUAAAGAUCAGCUGGAAUGCUGCCCUGGAAGUUUCACUGGCAUCACCAGCAAAACAGUGUGAAGAGGAACAGACAGGUCUCCAAAGUGGGUGUUAGGAUUUGGGUACUACUUGAAGCAGAAGAGGUCUAACCCUCCAAAGUACUGAGAAUGUUAAGAUGUAGGGUGUUAGAUUUAUAGAUAUGUCCUUUUAUAUAAAAGACUUCCGAAAUCAAGGGAGGGAAAAAACCCAGCAAACAUCCUGAGACUGUUAUGGCAAAACCAAAUGAAAGCAAAAGACAAUAGCCCCCACCCUCCUCAUUGUCUGUUAGUAACAUGAAAAUGUAGUUUAAAGAAUUUAAAAACAGGUACAAGCUAUAAAAUAGCAUCUUUUGGUGGGCUGGCCAUACCAGCCAGCCACCAAAAAACCGAAAUUAUGGGGCUGGUCAGCUAGCUCAGUUGGUUAGAGUGCACCCUUGCAAUACCAAGGUCACAGGUUUGGAUCCUCCAUACCAGCCAGCCGCAAAAAAUAAAUAGCAUCUCUUGUGGUGUGUUUGAGUAUGAUUUUAGUUUCUUUUCUGGUUGGGCUUAGUGUUAGCCAGAUGUAAUGGAUUGAUUCCAGCUGGACAGAGCAAGGAAUUCCAGCCUUCUCUCCUGUUCAUUCCCACGUUCUGCCUCAGAUCAAACCCUCAUUUCUAGUUGUGGACACCAUUUGGCCACACCAUGACUGAAGCCUUAAGCACCGUUGCUUGCCUCCAUGUGCUUUAGAAUCAGCGACCCCAGUGGUGCCCCACAGUAGCAGUUCUAGGAGAGCAGAUGUGCAGUGAGGAGAUCCUGGUAGCAGCCUGUUGGGUGAAAGGGUUUUAAAGUAUGGGGGUGAGGGAAGAGAAGGAUAGGGACUCCUCUGACCCUAAGCCCCCAUUCAUUCACUCUGUCUUUGUGUCCACUUGCCAACAGAACCUGAACAAAACUUUACCAUGUUCAAGAGAUUAAUCAGAAUCAGUGUUUUAGCCAGGGGAUGACAGGGGAGCACCCCUCCUCACCCCCCAUUUUUGCAAUGUCCAUAGUGAAUUUCAGUGUGUCAGGAUGAACAUUUAAAGGAUCACCCAAGAUCCAGUGAAUACUUCAGCUGAUCCAAGUUAUAUUUUCCUCCAUCUUCCAUCCUCAUUCAAUGUAACUUUUCGCACUAUUGUGGUUACUUUAAUGUAAAACCAGUUUACUUUUUAAAAAAUAUGUGCCUAUGUAAUAAAGUCUAUACACUGGCUCUCUCUGUAAAGGUGAGGUUUUUGUUUUCAGUUCUGCUGAUUGUAAUCUGUAAUACCCUUUUGUGAGCUAUGAAAUGAGCUAUUAAUAAAAUUUUUAAACAAA